CGUGAAGUCGAACACAGCUCUUUCCUCGUUCUUGUGACUGUUUGCAAAAGUCCUCGUGAUUCGUACAAACACAUUUUGCCAUGUCGACUGUUCAGCAGAGGGCUUAGCAUUAGAGUUGUAGUAAUUAUGUGAGAGAAGUUUAGAAUGGCUCGUCAGACUGUUGUUUACGUAUUAUGGGUAGUUUAUGUGUGUCAGGCUGCAGCAAACACGCAUCCGAACAUCAUUAUCAUGCUAAUGGAUGAUAUGGGCUGGGGAGAUCUGGGGGUGUUUGGAGAGCCCUCUAAGGAAACACCGAACUUGGAUCUAAUGGCCACUCAAGGGAUGCUAUUUCCAAACUUCUACACAGCCAACCCUCUCUGUUCCCCCUCCAGGGCAGCGCUGCUUACUGGUAGACUGCCUGUACGAAAUGGAUUCUACACCACCAAUGGUCACGCUAGAAACGCAUACACACCACAGGAGAUUGUUGGUGGAAUGUCUGAGGAUGAGAUUCUGCUUCCAGAACUGCUGAAGAAGAACGAUUAUGUCAGCAAGAUCAUCGGCAAGUGGCACCUUGGUCACAGAACUCGAUAUCUACCUCUCAACCAUGGUUUCGAUGAAUGGUUUGGUGCACCCAACUGCCAUGUUGGCCCUUACAAUAACAGCUUCCGUCCCAACAUACCCGUCUACAACAACUCCCUAAUGAAAGGAAGGUAUUUCGAGGAGUUUGGGAUAAAUGUGAAAACGGGUGAAUCCAACCUCACCCAAAUCUAUUUGAAGGAAGGUCUGGACUUCAUCUCUCGACAGGUCGCGGCCCGGCAGCCUUUCUUUCUCUACUGGGCUCCAGAUGCAACACACGCGCCUGUCUACGCCUCAAAACGCUUUCUGGGAAAGAGCAAGAGGGGGCGUUAUGGCGACGCAGUGAUGGAGCUGGACCACAGCAUCGGACAGAUUCUGUCCCGGCUGGUCAGUCUUGGAAUCGAUAACAACACGAUGGUGUUCUUCAGCUCAGAUAAUGGGGCAGCGGUGAUGUCCGGACCACUUGAAAGUGGCAGUAACGGCCCGUUCCUUUGUGGGAAGCAAACUACGUUUGAGGGUGGCAUGAGAGAACCAGCCAUUGCCUGGUGGCCUGGCAGGAUCCCGGCUGGCACAGUGAGUGCUCAGUUGGGCAGCGUGAUGGAUCUCUUCACCACGAGUCUCGCUGUGGCCGGUCUUGUCCCACCUGAUGAUCGCAUCAUUGAUGGAAUAGAUCUUAGUCCCGUCCUCUUCAACAACUCACUCGUGAACCGGCCCAUCUUCUAUUACCGUGGCAACCAGUUGAUGGCAGUGCGGGUCGGUCAGUACAAAGCUCACUACUGGACCUGGAGCAACUCGUGGGAGGAAUUUAACAAGGGUAUAAACUUCUGCCCUGGUCAGGAGGUGCCUGGUGUCACCACACACACACAAGAGGAGCACGCCAUCCAGCCAAUCAUCUUCCACCUGGGGCGGGACCCUGGGGAGAGAUAUCCAAUCAGCGUUUUGUCUGGGGAAUACCGAGAUGUUUUGAGAUAUGUGACCGCAGUGGUAGAGCAGCAUCAGAAGGAUCUGAUUCCAGGAACACCACAGCUCAACAUGUGUGACCUCGCUGUCAUGAACUGGAGUCCUCCCGGCUGUGAGCAGCUGAACAAAUGUCUUAAAGGACCCGAGUCAAAGCCAUGGAAGUGUGACUGGCCACAUUAAUUUAUACAGGAAACCCACAGAAACAUUCCUAAAGGGACAAAUCCCAUCUUGAAACACGUACACAUCAUAUUUUACCCUAAAAAUACAUCAUAUUUUCAUAAAGGGAAGAUUAAGUUUUCACUUUUUCAAUCAUUGGUCUCUUACGAUAUUUAAACUGAGCCUGAGCUUUGUUUCUUUUCACGUCAGAUAUUAUAUCGUAGUAGUUUCGAUAGAAGGCUGUAAUUAAACAAUGAAUUGUCUGUACAUUUUAAUGUGAAUACAUGAUAUAUGUACUGUAUUUAAAUAUGUAUGCUCUUAAAUGUGCUACUAUAGGUUUUUCAUAGCGAUGAAAUAGAAGAUACAUUUUUGGUUCCCCAAAAAAACAUUCAAUCAAAAGUUCUUAAAAGCACCAUUUAUUCUUACUUUUUAAAGUCGAAAGUACCAUUUUUCACCACAUAGAACCAUAGAAGGUUUUUUUUAAGGGACCAAACAUCCAACAGUGGUUUUUGUACUGCAUCGUAUGACACCUUUAUUUUUAAGUCAAGUGAACUGUAAAGUAAUAUUAGUAUUAUUGGACGAAUUUCAUGAGAACAUGUGUAUGUGUUUUAAUUUUGCCUUAAAAUCAAAAUAAAGACAUUUUUCAUUCAAAUAUUGUUUUGGGAUUUGACUUGGGAUCAGUUCAUUUCUAUUGUCCGAGAUGUUAAGCGCCACCUUGAGCAAGAUACAUGUGCUACAAGAAACCCAACUUUAUGAUUUUGUUGAGCUAAGCAAUAGUUUUAGAAAUUCUAUGAAUAAGAAAGCUACCAUAAUUAAGCAUUUAUGAGAUUUGCAAAGCAUUUUUUGAUAUUCCUAUGUGUAAUACACAUUUAUUCUGAUGUUUAUAAUAUGAUCUACUGUCACUAUAUAUGUUUCUUUUGUACUGUAGGCAUAAUUUAAUAAAUGUUUAAUACUU